UUUCCCCUCCCUGCUCAGUCCAAACAUGAACUCUUCCUCUGAUGUGAACCACAGCGGCUCCUCGCCAUUCUGCCUGCUGGGCAGCGUGGGUUACUCCUCCAGCCUCAACACCUGCCUGCUGGAGGUGGGGGUCAUCCUCUUCCUCACCGUGCUCAUCAUCGCCGGGAACCUGGUGGUGAUCUCGGUCUUCCACUGCGCCCCCCUGCUGCACCACCACACCGCCAGCCACUUCAUCCAGACCAUGGCCUACGCCGACCUGCUGGUGGGCGUCAGCUGCCUGGUGCCGUCGCUGUCGCUGCUGCGCUACCUGCGGGGCCUGAGGGAGGAGCUCACCUGCAAGGUGUUUGGAUACAUGAUCUCCGUGCUGAAGAGCGUGUCCAUGGCGUCCCUGGCGUGCAUCAGCGUGGACCGCUACAUCGCCAUCACGCGCCCGCUGUCCUACACCACGCUGGUGACGCCGUGCCGGCUGAGGGCGUGCAUCGUCCUCAUCUGGAUCUACUCCGCUCUCGUCUUCCUGCCGUCGUUUUUCGGCUGGGGGAAGCCGGGCUACCACGGGGACAUCUUUCAGUGGUGCGCGGAGUCCUGGAAGACCCGGCCGGGCUUCAGCACCUUCAUCGUGGUGCUGCUGUACGCGCCGGCGGCCCUCACCGUCUGCUUCACCUACGGCAGCAUCUUCAGGAUCUGCCGUCAGCACACCCGGGAGAUCACCCAGCGCCACGCCCGCUUCAGCUCGCAGACGGAGGGCGCUCAAAACGAGCGCAGCGCCGAGCGGUGCGAGGGCUGCCCGGACCGGCGCUACGCCAUGGUGCUGUUCCGCAUCACCAGCGUCUUCUACGUGCUGUGGAUGCCGUACAUCCUCUACUUCCUGCUGGAGAGCGCCGGGCUCUACCACCACGAGGUGGCCUCCUUCCUCACCACCUGGCUGGCGAUUAGCAACAGCUUCUGCAACUGCCUCAUCUACAGCCUGUCCAACAGCGUCUUCCGGAAAGGCCUGGGCCGCCUCUUCCGCCCGCUGCUCCCCUCCUGCUCCACCUGCUCCACCUGCACUGAGGCUGAAAAGGCUCCAGCAGCAGCCCUCCCGCAGACGGACCCCCGGUGCCCAGCCUGA